AUGAAGCGCAAGACAGAUAUGCGAGGCUCCUUGGAUGGCAAUGCCAUGCCAGAGUCCAAAAAGAGGGCUCUUUCCAGUGAGGAGGCUGCUUCCCGCUUCCGUGAUGGCCUAUUCGACACCGCGGAACAGCAGAAGUACACCAGCGAAUACGCCAAUUCUUCUCCCUACCUCCACGGCGUGAUCCACCCCCUCAUCGAGCCUAGCCUGCUCCGCUCAGUCCGCGAGGAGAUCGAAACACAGGUAUCCUUCACUGAGAAGGAAACCGACAUCUACAAAAUCUUCCAGUCUGGUGAUCUCGCCAACCUCGAUGGACUGGAUGACUCUUCUCUUUCGAAGCUUCCUUCGGUUUUGAAGCUGCGCGAUGCGAUGUACUCGGCACGGUUCCGCGAGUAUCUAUCUUCCGUCACCGGCUCCGGCAAGCUGAGUGGGCAGAAGACCGACAUGGCGAUCAAUGUUUACACUGAGGGCUGCCAUCUCCUCUGCCACGACGACGUCAUCGGGAGCCGCCGUCUCAGUUACAUUCUCUAUCUCACCGAUCCCGAGACACCCUGGCAAGCUGAGUGGGGCGGUGCACUGCGCUUGUUCCCGACGACCACUGAGAAGGACGCCAAGGGUGAGGACGUCAAGAUCCCCAGCCCAGACUACAGCUUGUCCAUCCCGCCCGCCUUCAACCAACUCAGCUUCUUCACCGUUCAGCCCGGUGAAAGCUUCCACGACGUCGAGGAGGUGUACCACCCACGCGAAGAUGAGGACAAGUCAAAGAAGCGCGUCCGUAUGGCUAUCAGUGGAUGGUUCCACAUUCCCCAAGAAGGCGAGGAUGGAUACGAGGAAGGACUAGAGGAGAAGCUUGCCGAACGCAGCAGUCUCGCCCAGCUCCAGGGCCGCGGUGAUAUCUACGACCUGCCCCAGCCCCAGCCUGUCUCCUGGGAAGAGCCGGAAGUCGAGGGCAAGGGCAAGGGCAAGGUUGAAGAACAAAACGAUGGCGAGUUCAGCGCGUCUGAACUCGGCUUCUUGGUACAAUACAUUGCGCCCACGUACCUGACACCUGAUAUCGCUGAGGAGAUGUCCGACGCAUUCUCCGCCGAGUCUUCGCUCAGCCUAGAGAGCUUCUUGCAUGACAAGUUUGCUUCACGCGUGCGUGCAUACAUCGAGGAUCAAGAAAGGCAGGCGCUUCCUGCUUCCGCGGAUGAAAUUCAGAAACAGCGCGGGUGGACUGUUGCUCGCCCGCCUCACAAGCACAGAUAUCUUUAUCAGCAUGCAUCCGGCAAGGAAGAGCCCGAGAACCCGCUUCAAGAGCUCCUGAAUGUGCUGUUCCCUUCGCAGGCUUUCCGAAAGUGGCUCGGUAUCAUCACUGGUGUUGACCACCUCACUAGCCACGAUUUGAUGGCGCGACGAUUCCGUCGUGGUGCGGAUUACACUCUCGCCAGUGCUUACGAAGGCGAGGAGCCUCGGCUUGAGUUCACGCUCUGCCUCACUCCCAGCACAGGCUGGGAGAAGCAGGAAGAGGAGGAAGAAGAUGAGGACGAGAAUGAGAGCGAGAAUGAGAACCCAGAAUCCAAACCGUCAUCUGCCAAGGUACCUGAGCCAAAAGACAAAGCUAAUGCCGAUGAAGUUGAGGGACCUGCACUUGGUGGCUAUGAGAUCUACAUGGCUGGCGACGAUGAAGAAGAGGAAGAUGAAGAAGACGCCGAGAAUGCAGACCAAGACGACGGUAUUCUCUUCAGCACACAGGCUGGAUGGAACCGACUCAGCAUUGUGCUGCGUGAUAGUGGGACUCUCAAAUUCGUCAAGUACGUCAGUGCAGCGGCUAAGGGCGACCGCUGGGAUAUCACUGGUGAUAUUGGCGUUGAGUUUGAAGAAGAGGAUGACGAUGAUGAGGAUGAAGAGGAUGAGGAUGAAGAUUGA